GUACGUGGCCGGACCCUGGCCCCGCAGUCGGAGCUCGAACCCAAAUCUAGGCAACCACCGCUCCUCUCGUCUCUGUCCCGCGGGCCGCCGCCGUCGCUGAGAGAGAGAGAGAGAGAGAGAGGGAUUUGGAUUCGGAGCAGUCGAAGGAGGCGGGGAGAGGAGGGAGGAAGGAGGGUGUCGUUGACUCGUCGCCGGAGCAUGUUGUCAGUUGGGACGUCGAAGGGGAUCCUGGAGAUCGCCAAGUUCGGGGUGUACGUCUCUGUGCCCGUCUCGCUCACCUACCUCGUCGCCACCGACUCCAAGACCCUCAAGAAGCUCAUGGGACUCCGUCCUUAUGUGGUUUAUCCUCCCGAAGGCCCACGCCCUCCGCCGCCAGAAGAACUGCGUGAAAGGCCUCGGGAGAUAACUCGGCAGAGGCAGCAGAGUUGAACGGAUGGUGGUUGCUCUAGGCAUUCGUUACUCGGGAACAUCACAGAUCAUAAAUCCAGAUCACAGUAACUUGGAUAUGGUAGACAUGUUACUCUGGUCGUUGAUAUGGAACAGAUGUGUAUUGCCCUGGUCUGUAAAAUCUUUUUGCUGCUGCUGUGGUAACACUAUUCCAGUGACUUGUAGUAAUGCCUGGUAGUUGUCUGUUUUGAGCUGUGAGAAUUGAUUAAACACAAGUCGCAGUAUUUCU